GACCUGCAAGAACUUCAAAAAAACACAAAAACUAAAUAAAAAGAAGAAAAGAAAAGCCUUUCAGGUCUCAACAAUGGAGAUGAAGAAGAUUGCUUGCGGUGUGCUUUUCGCUGCUGCCUCCAUGACCGCCGUCAUGGCUGCUGACGAAGUCGGAGCUCCGGCACCAGGACCCGCUGCAUCUGCCGCCUCGGUUGCGUUGCCAGCUCUUGGCUCUUUGGUUGGAGCUUCCCUUGUGACAUCAAGCUAUAUCGAGCCCAAUUACCUCAAUACAGGUUUGGUUACUGAGAAUGUCGACAUCUAUAACCUUGGGAUCAUCAUCCUAGUUCUUUUGAGAGGAAAGUCUGAAUACACUUCCGAAGUUGCUGUUUAUCUUCCUGCAUUGCCUGUCUAUGUUGGGAAGUUUUUGGAGCGAGGUUUGUUGACUGAACUAAUAGACCCGUCGAUGUUGGACAGCGCGAGUGACGAUAUUCCCCAGCAUUCAAGACUGCAAAUGGAAGCGUUCAUUGAGCUUGCUUUGAGAUAUGUAAGAUUCAGACCAGGAGAGAACUUGCCUCACAUGAUAGACGUUGCAAAAGAACUCAAAAUGAUAGAGAAACAUAUCUGACCCUGCAAACUUUUCUGGUGUGACUCGAAACAGAUCUAUCUAUUAUGCAGGCUUAGUAGUGAAAGUUGCAAUAACUGUAUCUUGUUUUU